CGGAUGGGUGGUGCGGCGCGGUGACGUCACGUCCGGGCAAUGGAGGCCGAGCAGCGGCGGCUGCUGCGGCUGGGUCGCGUGCGGCUGGUGCAGGGCCUGCAGCUGGCGGCGCUGUGGGGGCCGCUGGCGCGGGAAGGCGUCUUCUCCCAGGACAUGCUCGACGACAUCCAGAGAGCAGGCACUCCAAGAGACCAAGCCAGGCAGUUACUUAUAGACCUUGAGACCCGAGGGAAGCAAGCUUUUCCUACUUUUGUUUCCAUCCUACACGAAACUGGACAGAAAGAGCUGGCAGAUUUCCUGAGUGAAGGAUGCACUUCCCCGCAGCCAUCCUCAAUUGACAUAAAACCCAUUGAAAUUGGACCGCGUGGUGGAAAGGGUGAUGCAAGUGGGAGAGCUCUGCCAGUCCAAGCCAGGACUGAGAAAUGCCAAGAAUUGGACCACCCUGGUACAGUGUCUCACAGUGCUGCUGCAGACGGGUUCAGACGGAACUCCAAUAUGGUUUAUGUUCUGAAGUCACGCCCAUGUGGAUACUGCUUCAUCAUCAACAACGUCCAUUUCAGCCGCGAGUCUGGCCUGUCCCUUCGACAGGGCUCCAACCUAGACUACGAAAAACUGAAGAGGCGCUUCUCAUUGUUCCACUUUGAAGUCCUUACCCGACAAGAUCUCACAGCUGAGGAAAUGAUCCGGGAGCUGUCGGAGCUGGCCAAGAAGGACCACAGCGCUAUGGACUGCUGCCUGGUUGUGAUCCUGUCCCAUGGCCGUCAGCGCAGCCACGUUCAGUUUCCUGGAGAAGUUUGUGGGACAGAUGGGACAAGCAUUCCAAUUGAAAAGAUUGUGAACUACUUCAAUGGACUGAAUUGCUGGAGUUUGAGGGGCAAACCCAAACUCUUCAUCAUUCAGGCCUGUGGUGGAGAGGAAAGGGAUUAUGGAUUUCAAUUGGAUUCCGACUCAUCUGGAAACCAAGGUUAUGGAGCUUCUCUAGAAUCAGAUGCAUGUCCCCUUAAGCCUUCCUCGGGGAACUUGGAUGAGCCAGAUGCAGUUGCCAGUUUACCCACGGCCAGUGACAUCUUGGUGGCCUAUUCAACGUUUCCAGGAUUUGUCUCCUGGAGGGACCGCAACAGUGGCAGUUGGUUUGUGGAAACCCUGGAUAGAAUACUUGAGCAAUAUGCUGAUUCUGAAGAUCUGCAGAAGCUGUUGUUGAGGGUGGCGAAUGAAGUGUCUGCUAAAGAAAAAUACAAGCAGAUGCCAGGCUGCUAUCACUACCUUCGGAAAGAGUUCUUCUUCAUGACCAAGUGAAGCCCAGGCUUGGAGGUCUCUCCUGUAAGUCAGGAUUGUCUCCAGCAAGCCUGAGGACACCCUGCACAUGGCCAUGGCUGCUCUGAUUUGAUUCUCUAUUCAGCUGCUCUUGAUUGCAUGUGUCCUGGGAAGUGCAGUUGAUUAACUCCCAUGUUACUAUGAAAUGGAGGCUUUGCUCCCUUUCUGCUCAGAGCAGGACUGUUGGGUUCCAGAUCCAGAACAUUUCAGGCAGUUGACAAAGCCUGUGGGAUAAUUCUGGGCUAGGCUAGUAGCUGCAGCCUUUGAGUCGAUCUCCCUGUUCUUCAGAGAAAAGUGCCUCGAGCUGCUUUAGGCUUUAUGCUGGCUUUGUCCACUUUUGACCUGUGAUUGCAGCUCCCUUGUGUGGGAGAAGGGAAAGGUGAAGUGUUUGUAUUGUACAAUCAAAACCUCUUGCACUAUGAAUCAGUUACAUGCACCUGAAUCCAAAUGCUGUGGAUUGGGGCAGGGGGGAGUUUUACAGCAUUUGUUACCUUUUUCUAUUAAACUCCUCAUCUUUGUAGACA